AUGGUUUCCCACGUCGCUACAUCUAGCAACGCCCAGCAGCCAUCAUCAUCAGCAUCAGCACCAAGUGAUACUUCGUCCCAUCCGGGAAGCACGCUUGCCGACCUCCCAAAAUCAUGGACCUUUACAUCCAGGCUCCCGGCAGAUCCUAAAUUCCCGACGCCCGCAGAUUCACAUAAGACGCCUCGAGAUGAAAUACGGCCAUGGCAAGUCAAAGGCGCGUUAUUCACCUGGGUUAGGCCUGAGGGGGCGAAAGAUCUUGAGUUACUAGGCGUUAGCCCUACGUCGAUGAGGGAUCUGGGUAUAAAAGAGGGAGAGGAGAAGACGGAGGAGUUCAGGCAGACUGUUGCAGGCAAUAGACUGUUAGGAUGGGAUGCUGAAAAGGGAGAAGGUGGGUAUCCCUGGGCGCAAUGUUAUGGGGGAUGGCAGUUUGGGUCGUGGGCGGGACAAUUAGGAGAUGGGCGAGCCAUAUCACUCUUCGAGACGACGAACCCGAGCACCCGGAAGAGAUACGAGCUACAGUUGAAAGGCGCUGGUCUAACGCCUUAUUCGAGGUUCGCAGAUGGAAAGGCGGUAUUGAGAUCGAGUAUAAGGGAAUUCGUCGUUUCAGAGGCUCUUAAUGCGCUGAGGAUACCUACCACGAGAGCACUAUCGUUGACUUUACUACCGCACGAGAAGGUCCGGAGAGAAACGAUCGAGCCCGGGGCUAUAGUUGCGCGAUUCGCAGAGUCCUGGCUUCGAAUAGGCACAUUCGACAUCCUCCGCGCGCGCGGGGAUCGGGAUCUGAUUCGGAAACUAUGCACAUAUAUAGCAGAGGAUGUCUUUGACGGCUGGGAAUCCCUCCCAGCGCGCAACCCAGCCGAUGAUGGGAGAACCCCAAGCCCACUCCCCACAGGCGUAGACAAAGAUACAAUCCAAGGACCACCUGGUUUUGAAGAAAACCGCUUUACUCGUCUCUACCGCGAAAUCGUCCGGCGCAACGCAAAAACAGUCGCUGCUUGGCAGGCAUAUGCCUUCACCAACGGCGUGCUAAACACAGACAACACAUCCAUCUACGGCCUCUCUAUCGAUUUCGGCCCCUUUGCCUUCCUCGAUAACUUCGACCCACAAUACACACCCAACCACGACGAUGCCAUGCUACGUUAUUGCUAUCAGAAGCAGCCUACAAUCAUAUGGUGGAAUCUCGUACGGCUGGGCGAAUCCCUAGGCGAAUUAAUAGGCGCAGGACCCGGAGUCGACGUUGAAGAAUUCGUGGAGAAGGGAGUCCGACAAGAAGCAGCCGAUGAAUUAGUCUCCCGCGCCGAAGAACUUAUCACGCGGGUAGGAGAAGAAUUCAAAGCCGUCUUCCUUGAAGAGUACAAACGACUUAUGAUCUCCCGCCUGGGUCUGAAAGUAUUCCAAGAAUCAGACUUCGAGUCGCUAUUCAGCGAGAUGCUCGACACGAUGGAAGCUUUAGAGCUAGACUUCAACCAUUUCUUCCGCAGACUUUCUCACUUGAGUGUCCUCGAUCUCGAAACAUCCGAGCAGCGCCUCGAAAAGGCUGGGGUCUUCUUCCACCGCGAAGGCGUGACUGGUCUCCAGAACACGGACGAGGCAGCGCGUAAACGCGUCGCUGAAUGGCUCGACCGCUGGCGUACUCGUGUGUAUGAAGACUGGGGACCUGAUGGUAAUGAUACCGCGAGGCAGGAGGCUAUGAAGAGUGUUAAUCCGAAAUUCAUCCCGCGAAGUUGGGUUUUGGAUGAGUUGAUUAAGAGGGUGGAGAAGGAUGGCGAGAGGGAGAUUUUGGAUAGGGUUAUGGAUAUGGCGCUCAGGCCUUUUGAGGAGAGGUGGGGGUGGGAUGAGGCGGAGGAGGAGAGGUUCUGUGGGGAUGUGCCGAGGGAAAGUAGGGCUAUGCAAUGUUCGUGUAGUUCUUGA